CACAGCUGCGUCACUGCUCAAACUGACAGGAAGAAAGCAUGCACCACAUGGUUCUACCAUACACUUCUGCUUGCUUCUCUUCAGAAUUCGCCGACAUUCUUUUUGUUUGUUUUUGUUUGUGCAGAGGAAGACUUUCAAGCAAGGCCUACCCCAAACCAUAGUUAUCCUUACAUUCCAAGUUGUUUGUGCCUUCCUUUUCCUUUAGCAGGCUGUGGGACAGGUUGUUGGGGCGUUUAGGGCACAGGGGCCGAUGGCUCUCGGGGUGUAGUGCAGUGGAAAAGCCACCGUGUGUGGAGGAGAGGAGUGGAAACAAAAAGAAAGAGAAAGGAUCCAGCAGACAUGGGAUGUUGCAGCGUGACCCCGAUAACCAAAGGAAUCGAUGAUGUGGGUCCAGACGAGCUCGAGCUUCUGGAGAUUGGUGGCACAGGGGUGUGGACUUUAGGAGAAAGCAAGCUGCAGAUUUCCUUAAAGAAUGAGACAGAUGAACCUCUGCAACACUCUCCACCUGCCAGGAAUCUUUCAAAAGACGUGGGCUUAUGGGAGGGCUCAGAUCCAAUUUCUGCAAAAGCGUCUGCUCAGAAAAGGAACUCACAAGUGGUACUGUGGGGCCAGACUAAAGAUGAGUUACAUCAAAAACUGUACACGCAUUCAGUCCGAGACUGGGAGGGACGAGCACCACACGCUUAUGGAAACAUCAUUUACUCUUCUCCAGUGUUUCUACAUAACAGCUACACAAAGGUUAUGACCGAAAGAUAUCUGGUUCUUUUUUCUUUUCAUUUAUUAAUCCUCGCCCUGGACAACUCAACUCACGAUUUCAUCUAUGAGGGCAUACUUCCUCUGUCAGCAAUCGAGGUGAGAGUGAUUUCUCAGCAGGACCCCUGUGCUCCACACAUGUUCGAGAUCAGCGGGCCCAUGGUGGACUCGAAGAUUUUCGUCUGUGCUAGUGCUGCUGAGCGAAAGAUCUGGAUCGAGAACAUAAAAGACAGGAGAUGCAAGUCUUUCAGACAGCAGCUCAGCCCUUCUCACACUGCUCUCUCCUACCUGUUGCCAUGUAAUGAGGGCUGGAAGAGGGAGGAGCUGAAGCGGUACCUGCUGAGGUGUCCCAUAUUGCAGUGGGAGGGAUCCCCUAUCCAGCACAUGGGCCAACCUACCUACCUUUCAUUGGUACACAUCAGCAAUACACAGAGACAGGGAUUGCAGGAGCGUCUCUUUGUGCUCUUUCCUCUGGACCUCCUUAUCCUGUCUGUUGACAAUGAGCGGCUCUGGGUCAAAUAUGAGGGCCGUCUACCAAGGAAGAGUAUCAGAGCUUUGGAAAGAUCUGCCCGGCAUGGGAGACUUGAAUUUGAAAUUCUAGGAGAACUGAUGGAAUCUCUGUUGGUCUCAUGCACUUACCCAGAAGACUACCAGAGUUGGAUUUUCCAGUUACAACAGCCUGAAAAGACACAAGCCUUUCCUAAUCGCACGUCUCCGCCCCUCAUACCGAAGAAGCACAGAAGCUGAAGUGAAAAAGCAAAGUCAUGCAACAGUUACUGCACAGGGUCCCAAAGGUUACUCCAGGCACUGGUACUGGAGUAACAUCCGACUUGCAUGUCUAAUGUUUUCCCUGCUCUAACACAUCUAAUUCGACUGGUAAAGUUUAGAAAGUGUGUAGGACAAGUAGUGCUCCAGGACUAGAGCUGGAAACCUGUGGUCUGCAAUAGUAAACAAAAAGUGAAGACAAAAAAAUGCAUAACAUUUUCCUUUAAAUAGGAUUAUGUUCUGUUGAUCUGAUCUGCCAUGUACAGUUUCUGUCCAAUGAACAUAUUCUAGACUUGCAUGCAGGAGCUUGUACAGAUAUGCUUUUCAUCUAAAUGUAAUUAAAAAUGUCGAUUGAAAUUAGAUGCAUCAUUAGACCAGUGAAUUCUUGCAAAAUGCACGUACGUGCCUUUACUGAACAAAGCCACAAACCUGUCUGCUUUCUGAACAGCUUUUUCUCAUAAAAACAAAAUGCUUCUCAAAGAUGUAAUAAAUUACUUUCAUUGGAUGUGCGUUCCUGAGCCGCUGCAGUAGAUCACUCUUAUCUUAUUAAGCUCUGCUCUUAUUCUGCAGCUGUCACUAUUCUGAUUUAGAACAGUCACAAACUCUGAGAAAUUAAGUCGAAAGUUCUUGGUAUUGUUGUCACAAUAAAGCUAUUCGAUUUACCUCA